GCCUGGGACAUCCCGCGGCCACGGCUGGCUGCCCAGGGCGGUGGCAGCGCCAGCUGCGGGAUGCAGACAGGGCUGAACCGCGGGGAGGCCGCGGGCAGCGGGGCCGUGCGGGAGCUGUUGGCUGGGACCGGCUGGAGCGUCUGGGAGGGGAAAGCGGGGGAGCCUUGUGCCGGGCACAGCCGGCUGCAAGUAGUUGCAACCAGCCGCAGCCAGUUGUGUGCCCCCUGCGCUGCUGUCCUCGGGGCGCCGGGAAAUGGCCCAUUGUGACAGCGGUGGUGCGUUGCCGAGCCCUUUGUGAUGCGGGACCUGCUUGGGCCCGCGGGCCAUUGUGACAGCGCGGGGCCCCGCCCUGCCCGGCAGGCUAUUUAAGAGGGCAGAGCCCUGCAGUGCCCUCUUUCUCCCAGGAGAGCAUCUGUCUCAGGAGGCAGCAUCUCUCUUGGGGGCCUCAGCGGCAGAGGAAGUAGCCGACGCGAUAGAUUUGCAAGAUGAAGAAGUUCAUCGACUUGCAGCCGCGCAAGUGGCUGUCGAGCUGGCAGAGGAAGCACAAGGUGGACAACUGGCAGACGCAGGCAGCAGCGCAGGAAGAGGAGAAGAGCGCCUCUUCUGCUGCUGCCGUGGCUGAGCAGGUGAGAGCAGCAGGGGCAGAGAGCCAGGCAGCUGCCCCACGCAGCCCCAGAGGCGGCGGCCGCGCUGUGCUGGGCACCCUGCAGCGCGUGGCACGCGCCGCCCGCAGCAGGCUCGCGGUUGGGAUGCGGCGGCGUGGCCAGAAGCCGGAGCCACAGAGGGAGGUGGAACAAGGUAUGCAGGCAGCCAGAGCAGGAACAUCCGCAGCAGCAGGGUCAGAGAGGCAGGACUCUGCCCUGCAAAGCCCCUGCUGUCCCCCCAGCCCCUUCCCAAGCCAUCUGGAAGCCCUCAGUGGGCAGUGGGCCGGGGCAGCAGCAGGGGCAGUGCUGCCAGUGGCAGAGAGCCAGGACGAGGCCUGCUCUGAGGAUGAGAGUCUCUGGGAUAUCUCCAGCCUCCUCCAGCUGUCAACAGGGGAUGAAAACCCAGAGGAAAGCUGGAGUAGUGGGCAGGAAUGUAGCUCAGUGUCCCUCCCACGCCAGGCCUGGGCAGAGCCCGGGAGCUCUUACACCAGGGCAAAGCCCCCCACCCCGGACGGCUUUCCAGACCGCUGCGCCCUCAGCGCCUUGCCAAGUGACCUGGAAGCUCUCAGUGGCCAGUGGGCAGGGAAAGCAGCCAAGGCCGUCCUCCCAGUGGCACCGAGCAAGGAUGGGGCCUGCUCUGAGGAGCUCUCAGACAUCUGCAGCCUCCUAGAGCUGCCCCAAGAAGAACGCAGCGGAGACCAAAGGUGGAGGAGGAGAGAAAAGAGGCUCCCCGUGCCCAUGCCACGGGAGGCAUGGUCAGAGCCCUGGGACCUUCAAGUGCCCACACCCAGAGCCCGUGCCCCAGUUCGUGGCAGCAGCAGCCCUUACAUUAGGCCACAGGCCCCGAGCCCGGACGCCUGCCCCCCCAGCCCCUCGCCAAGCCAGCUGUCAGCUCCCAGUGGGCAGUGGGCAGGGCUCCCGCACGUCUCCAGGGACUCUGCAGGGCAAGAAAACACAGACCCACCGCUGUCCCCGGAAGAAGACAGCCACGAGGAGGAGCUGUCAGAGAAGAAAGGGGACGGCAUCAAAAUAUACACCAUCUGGGUCAAGCCCUCCCUCAUUCCGGUGCUGCUGGAGCCUCAGCCUGCUGGCCAGGAAGGGCCCAAAUGUCCCUGCGUCAUCUGCGCAGAGGCGGCCCAAGAGGCAGUCGGGGACCCGCGCGGCACAUCUCCCGCCCCGGCGGGUCCCAGGCACAGCCGGCCAACGGCUGCUGCCCCGCAGCGCCCCACAGGCUGCUGCCCCGCCGUGCUGGACACGCUGCAGCGCGCGGCACGUGCCACCCUGAGCAGGAUCGCAGCUGUGAUCCGGCGACGGGGCCGGCGGCCGGGGGAACAGCGGCACCCGGCUCAAGGCAUGGACGCAGCCAUGCUGGCAACAGCCCCAGCAGCAGGGGCAGAGAGCCAGGCAGCUGCCCUGCGCAGCCCCUGCCGCCUCCCCAGCCUCUCGCCCAGCCGACUGGAAGCUCGCAGGGGGCAGUGGGCAGGGGUAGCAGCGCAGACGCUCCUGCCCCUGCCACAGAGCCAGGAGGGGGCCUGCUCUGAGGACCAGAGCCUCUGGGACAUCUCCAGCCUCUUAGAGCGCUGCCAAGGCCCAGAAAACACACCCCAAAGCUGCAGUAGUGGCGCAGCAAGUAGCUCUGGCUCCCUCCCAUCUGAGGCAUGGUCAGAGCCCUGGGACUCUUCAUCGGCCACGUCCACAUCCACCUCCACGGACUGA